AUGUUUGGGUACCCUCUGGUGACGGGUCGGGGUACUCUGGAUCGUACUGAGCACUGGAGUUCGAGCUGGGCUGAGCAGUUCACAUACCUGCUCAAGGACCUUAUCAACCUGGACAAUCAGAUGAACCGCCCUUGGCCCGAAUACGACAGCGCCUGUAAGCAGCUGAUUGACCACGUCAUACCAAGGCUCCUGGGAGCAUUGCAAUCGGAGGGCCGCAGGAUAAUACCUGUGCUGUGUCACGGAGACCUGUGGGAGGGCAAUGUGGGAACAGAUAGGGAGACUGGGGAAAUCAUCAUAUUCGAUCCUGACGAGUGCAUGUAUGCACACAACGAGAUCGAGUUCGCGACAUGGCGCUCCCGCUGGGCAACUCAUUUCAAGUCACACAAAUACAUUGAGGCGUACCAGCAAGAAAUCAAGCCAUCGGAGCCAGCGGAGAAAUGGGGUGAUCGCCAACGACUCUAUUCAAUCAAGACAGUGCUUGGUGACUCGGCAGGUCAUCCUGGAAGCAACUCAAGAAAUGUAGCAUACAAUGACAUGCUGUACCUGUGCGAGAAAUAUGCGCCUCUCGAAAGGCUCGAGAAAUACAACCCUGAGCAGGACAUCAGCAUCAGAGGAGUUCGAGAGGCCUAUGAUGUUAUGGCUGGAACAAACUCGGAUCUCUGA